UAUAGUUUGCGCUUAAAAAAACCACAAAGAACAGGAACAAACCCUACUGUCAGUCUUCCUGCAGUUACUGACCGUUAUCUUCAUCUCCCAGCUCCCAGCCUCUCAUUCUCGGUCGCCACAGGUUCCCUUUUGAUAUUUUGUUCAGAAAAUGAAGAGAAUGAUAGCACUAGGAUUUGAAGGUUCUGCAAACAAGAUAGGAGUUGGGGUUGUUACAUUAGAUGGGACAAUUUUAUCAAACCCAAGACAUACUUAUAUAACCCCACCUGGUCAAGGUUUUUUGCCAAGAGAAACAGCCCAGCAUCAUUUGCAGCAUGUUUUACCACUUGUUAAGUCUGCUUUAGAGACCGCAAAGAUAACCCCAGAUGAAAUCGAUUGCCUUUGUUACACUAAAGGUCCUGGUAUGGGAGCACCUUUACAAGUGUCUGCUGUUGUUAUUAGAGUUCUUUCACAGUUGUGGAAGAAACCAAUUGUUGCUGUUAAUCAUUGUGUUGCUCAUAUUGAGAUGGGUAGGAUUGUUACUGGGGCGGAUGAUCCUGUUGUUUUGUAUGUUAGUGGUGGGAAUACUCAGGUUAUUGCUUACAGUGAAGGACGGUAUCGGAUUUUUGGUGAGACUAUUGAUAUUGCUGUUGGGAAUUGUUUGGAUCGGUUCGCCAGAGUUUUGCAGCUGUCUAAUGACCCUGCUCCUGGAUAUAACAUUGAGCAGCUUGCUAAGAAAGGAGAGCAAUUUAUAGAUCUUCCUUAUGUUGUCAAAGGGAUGGAUGUUUCUUUUAGUGGAAUAUUGAGCUUUAUUGAAGCCACCACAGAGGAGAAGCUUAAAAAUAACGAGUGCACUCCUGCAGACUUGUGCUAUUCCCUCCAGGAAACAGUGUUUGCUAUGCUUGUGGAGAUCACAGAACGGGCAAUGGCACAUUGUGAUAAGAAAGAUAUUCUUAUUGUUGGCGGUGUGGGUUGCAAUGAGCGCUUGCAAGAGAUGAUGAGAAUAAUGUGUGCUGAGCGGGGUGGAAUGCUAUAUGCAACUGAUGAUAGGUAUUGCAUUGACAACGGAGCAAUGAUUGCAUAUACUGGUCUCCUUGCUUUUGCUUAUGGUGAAACAACUCCACUAGAGGAAUCAACUUUCACCCAGAGGUUCCGAACUGACGAAGUGCAUGCAAUUUGGAGAGACAAAAAAGAGCUGGCUAGCGUGACUGGUAUUGACGAACCUGGAGACAAAAUUGAAGAAAACCAAGGUUGAAUUACCUGAUGUAACUUCGGAGAUCGAGUCCAAUACUCACCCACUGAAUAGGCUCUUUAUGGAGAGUGGAAAUCAUUGCAAUGUCUAUCUAGGUAAAUUUUCAAGUAAUCUAUCAAAAGAUAAUUGGUGACCAUACCACGGGCGUUGCUUGCCAAUCUUGCAGAUUAUACUGUGUUACAAAAUUUCGCUGGAGUUAUUCAUGUCCCUGUGUGAGAUUGUUGUGUGCACCUUUUCUUUUGCCUGGAUGAUAUCUCUAUCGAAGAGUUCAUAUUGUUAUCAUAUGAAUAUAGUUUUUCCAUUCUAGAAA